AUGGCAGAGCACAACAGUGCGGUGGACCCGAAGAUACCGGUGCUGAAGGGAGAAACGUUGAAGGAUUUCAUCAGAUACAAGAGGGCAGUUCAAGCGGCGGAGCUGAGCUGCGAGAGUAAGGAGUCGAAACAGGCGCUCGGUCCGAAGCUGUAUAGGAACCUGCUGGGCGCGGACAACUCCAUUAGCGUGCUGAUCAAACAGACGAACCCGAAGGACUACGCGACGGAGGACGGCGCCCAGACACUACUGAGAUUCCUCAAAGAGCAGCGCUUCGCCAAGAGCAGUUUCAGGGAGCUGCCGAAGCCGUUCGACGAUUUCUUCGACCAGGCACACUUCGAGAAGAAGGGCGAAGAGCCGAUGGCAGCGUUCUGCACGGCAAUGGAGGUGGCGAAGCGCAAUCUCGAGGAAGUAGACCCAGACACGAAGAUCAGCGCGAACGAGCUAGGGUACCACGCGCUGAAGAGAAGCGGACUGGACAUGGACGAACGCAAUCUAGUGAUAGCACGGGCAGAUGAGACCUUCAACUUCCAGAAGAUUAGCACGACGCUGAAAAACCUCUUCCCACGAGGUGGAGGUCGGCACCGGGAUCGACAAGGAUCGCGAACGAGCUGGCGAUGGGCGAACUACAAUGACGGCGAGCGCGACCCGGACGACGAAGACCAGAACGUCGAGCACGACGGGUACUGGGUCCAGGACGACGACGGCUACUGGCACGAGUGGGACGAAGAGUACGGUGUCUACGCGCUCGCGGAGGAUGGCGACGACAGCUGGGGCAGCAGCGACCUGUUCUACAUCGAGGACGACACCGACGUCUACCUCGCUAGCGAGGACGACGAGUACCAGCAGGCCCUCGUCACGCUGCGCGAGAGCAGGCUUAAGAUGAACAAGAUCCGGGCGGCUCGAGGCUUUUUCAAGGGACGAAUCGAUGGCGUAGUGGACGAGAGCGCGGCGGCCGGCGGCACGGCAGCCGGGAAAGGUGGCAAAGGCGGCAAGGGCAAGGACGGCGGCAAAGGCAAGACCAAGGACAAGAGGUGCACCAACUGCGGAAGAAUGGACCACGCUGCACCGGACUGCCCGACGCCACGACCUCCGAGGCCAGUCAAGGGCCGCGGCAAGACCUCGAAGGCUCAAUCUCGUCCACGACGGCUGGGUUUCUGGGCGACGACCACGCUGGCGUGCGUCAUGCCAGACAUGUUCCACCAGAAGGACGUCCAGGACCCGGAGCUCGCGACGGAGAAGUUCCAGGAGCCAGUCGAGCAAGACAUCAUGAUGGUCAACGUGGAGAGCGACCCGGUCCUACCGGAAGUGCCAGAGGUGGACGCAAUGAUCUCAAGCACGAUCGUGCCAGCUACCCUGGUGGACAGCGGCGCCUCCGUGGCGAUGGCAGGGCGCGGCUGGCUGGAUAAGAUCGCGGCGGAGCUCGAGAAGUACGGUCCGAGGCCCAUAAUCGUCGAGGCGAGCCAGAAGUUCAAGGGACUCGGCGGCGCACGACGUGAGGCGAAGCAAAAGUGGAUCAUCCCGAUCGGUAUUGGCAAGAAACAUGUCCUGCAGGAGUACUUCGAGAUCCCCGGCGACAUGAUUGGCCUGACGAGCAAGAAGAACCUGGCGGACUGGAAGACGAACCUUUACCUGCGCGAGGACGGCCAGUGGGCCGACUUCCAGGAGCUCGGGGUGUACGACAAGGAGCUUGUGAAUCUUCCUGGCGGCCACGCGAGCAUCGACAUCUUCGACUACGACCUGGAGUCGUACGAGGCGGAGACCCUCUUCGAGAAGUUCCGCGUCAACGUCGAGAACGUCGAGCCGGAUGUUUUCCUGGUCGCGGAGACGCUGCAGGUGUCCAAGCCAGACUUCAGGGUCAAGGACGACGCCGAUCGGCGGGUCCAGGAGGCAACGAAGAACGGUAACAAGGGGAUCUUCAAGAAGGGUACGCUCAAGCGGAUCGACAAGCUCAUGAAGGAGUAUGCGGUUAUAUUCGACGUGCUGCGCGACAACAACGAGACGUUUCUCUGGGAGUUGUUCGCGAAGGAGGCUAGCUUUACUCAUGUAGCUUCGAUGGGUGGCAUGGGCGACAGGGUGGACGACCUCAUCCAGGAGCUUCGGCCGCUGAUUGACUUUUCGGCGGAGGUGCUCAAGAUUCAGGCUGAAGGAGGACGGAUCGGCAUCGGCGAGAAUCCCCUCACCAGCCGGGCGUGGCGGGAAGUUCUGAUCGUGGACCUGCUGAGCUGGCAAGGGAACAAGCCGCCACUCUACGAGACGGUCACGCUGCACCAGUGCAUGCACGGGCUCGUGGACCACUACGGCGACCCGAUUCGCAAGCCGACGUCCGACGGGAGCCACAAGCACGCCGACAUGGUCGGCCGGAGCCCGGCACUGGCACGAACGGGCGCCUGGCCGGACGACCUGGGCAAGGCUCUGGCGGGCGCCGGCACGCACGAGCUGGCACGACGUACAAGCCCGCAGGAGAUGGGCAUCGGGAGCGGCACGGCGAGGUCCCCGAGCAAGCAGAUCGUGAACGCAGUGGCCAAGGCUUUCAAGCUGAGGAAAGACCUGAUCGACGUGCGCGCGCUGACGGGUGACGAGGAGGUUCCGCCCCCUCGCGGGGCAGUGCGGCGCAUCUGCGCGAUGUACUCCAGCGAGGGCGUAUUGGCAGAUUACAGCGACGCCUACGCGGGCGACCCGGGCUUCGUGACGAUCAAGCUGGUCAAGCGGUUCCCCUCUGACACGGUGAUCGCAAUCUAUGUGAAGGAGCCGAAGGUGCAGACGUCCUUCCCUGCGACGGUGCAUGUCACGGGAGCAAGCCCAAUACUUUUACUCCAGAUGAUCGCGAAGCUGACACGGCACAUCGAGACCUACAACACGAGGGCGAGUUUCGGGGAUAAGCCUUCGGACAUCACCACGGCCCAGUGGGGCGCUCUCAAGAAGCUCCACCUUAACCUGAGCCAUCCUUCUGCUCACGCACUGAAGCGGCGACUGAAGCCCUACGAAGCGUCACAGCAAGUGCUGGAUGUGGUUGACAAGCUGGACUGCGGCGUGUGCAAGGAGCUCGGCAGGCCGACCACGGUGAGAGGCUCGAACCUGAAGCUCUCGACGCAAUUCAACGAGAACGUGUUCUUAGACGAGGCCGAGGUGAUACUUGCAGACGGGACCCGACUGAUGGUUAUGGUGAUCUACGACGCGUCGGGCUUCCAGGUAAUCAUCCCUACCACUGCAGUGAGGUCCAUCACCGGCGAGGAGAGCCUGCGAUGUUUUUCGCAAGGCCAGCCAUCGUGGGCUGGACCACCCAAGGUGCUGUACUACGACGCGGCCAAGGGUCACAUCACGAAGCGGUUUACGGAGAUCGGAGAUAAGUACACCAUCCUGAUGAGGCCGGCCCCAGCAGAGGCGCCCCAGCUCGAGGGCCGAGUGGAGCGAGCGAUCGACUUCUUCAAGGAUCACUUCCAGCGCCUGAACCGCGACGUGCAGCUCGCCAAGGACGACGAUCCGCAUGUGUGGAUAUCGGUGAUAGCGAGUACGUGCAGCAACCGCAUUCGGCGGAAUGGCUUCACCCCUUACCAAUACGUGCUGGGCCGGUCGCCUGGCAUCCUGGCUUCGCUGAUCGAGGCGAUGGAGGGCGACCAGCGGCAGCUGGCAUCACAGAGCGCGGCUCUCUUCGAGGAGGGCCCGAGGAGAGCAGAGCAGAUACGUGCAGCGGCGAACCGGGCGUUCUUCGAGCUGGACAGCGACGACGCCGUCAGGAGGGCCAUGGUUAGCCGAGUUCGCCCGCCGCGCGAACCCUUCGUGCCGGGCCAGCUGGUGUUCUACUGGCGCGAGGUGAAGCACGUGAAGUCGAAGAGGCCACACGAGGCUGCACCUCAGUACCUCGGGGUGCCGGUGCUCGCGACGCCGGAGCAGGCGAGGCACGCCUCCCGGAGCGAGGCGGAGUUGGUGGAGAACGAUGACCUGGUCAGGCAGCUCUCUCACUGGCGCGGAGGACCUACUCUCCAGAAGGGGUUCAUUGAUGAGCGUGGACCUGGGCCAGACGGGAGCGACAAGGCGGGCGUGCGCCGCGAGAGAAGCGAGAAGGGCUCGGACCACGAGGACGGUGUGAUCGACACGCCUACGGCCAAGGCACCGCGCGCCGAGCCGGCUCCACCACCGCCACGGCCAGUGGUCGAGGCGACGCCGAAGAAGGUACUCCGCAUCAACAGCAACAGCAACCAGAUCGAGCUGAGCAACCAGAACCUGCACCACGACUCAGCUUCAAGCGAACACCUCCCGACGACCAGGGGGCAGAUUGCGAACGUCUACGACUACGACGCGAGGACCGACACGACGACGAAGCAGGUCACUCCCAAGAAGGGUCGGGAGAUCCGCAGCACCCCACAGGAGUGGAAGGCGGCUUUCGACGCGAGCGACCUGGAGGAGUGGCGCAAGUGGGCCGAGUACGAUGCAGUGGACUGGCCGACCGAGGCGGCCCGCGCGGACAAGAACGAGGCGACGAGGGGCAACCUGUCGUACGAGCAGCACUCGCUCAAGGCGAAAUCCCGGGACAUUGUCCCAGGAUACAAGGACAAGCAGCUGCUCGCUGGCGAGUUGAAGACCAACGCCCCCACUCUGACGGACACGGCCACGGCGCUGAUCCUGCAAGAGGCCGCUAGCCUGUCGGUUUGGAGAUUUGAACAGGGCGACAUCGACUCGGCAUUUCUGAACGGGAAGUACCUCGACAGCUCUCGACGCGUGUAUUUCCGCGCUGGGCUGGCCAGAGCGUCGAGAUCGAAGUUGCGCCCGGCUCUCUUCAUCUUCCACGACAAGAAUGAGAAGCUGAUCGGCCUGAUCGGGACGCACGUGGACGACGAUUUGGUAGCGGGCUCGCCCGAGUUCUUCGCUAACCAGGUGACCAAGCUGAGGAAGAUGCACUGCUACGGCAAGUGGCAGAUGGCGAAGACCGGUUUCCACCACUGCGGGAGAUUCCUCAAGCAGAGCGAUGAUGACACCAUCACCUGCAGCCAGAGGGAGUAUACCGAGAGCAUCGAGAAGAUUCCGAUCUCCAACGAGCGCCGCAAGGACAGGGAAGCGAAGGCUACACCCGAGGAGAGGGCGAUGCUCCACAGCGGCAACGGCCAGAUUCAGUGGCUGGUGCGAUCUACCCGCAUGGACUUGGGAUUUCGACUGGUGGAGAGUCAAGCGAGGGCUCACGACAGCGACCUGAAGGUUCAGGACUUGCUGGACUUCAACAAGCUGGUGAGCGACGCCAAGACGGACCAUGUGGACAUCACUUUCCAGAAUAUCAACAUUUACGACGAGAUCGUGGUGGCGGUUGGAGACUCGAGCCACGGCAACGUGGGCAAGACGAAGACCGCGAGUCAGGCGGGCCUGGUCAUCCUGCUCGCAGACAAAAAGGACGAUCAAUUCCUUCGCGGGAGGCCGGCCAAGAUCACUCCCAUGUUGUGGCGAUCGCACCGUAUCAAGCGGGUGGUGCGCAGUACCCUGGCGGCCGAGACGAUGGCGGCGCUGGAGGCGGUCGAGAGUGGCGACAUGCUGAGGCAGCACCUGGUGAAGCUGCACUACGGACUAAGUUACCAGACCCACAUGGACGACGUGAAGGCGAUCAAGAUGAAAGUCACGGACUGUAAGUCGCUCUACGACCUGCUCCAGAAGCGAGCGACGGUGCCCUCCGAGAAACGGCUGCUGAUCGACAUCGAGUCGCUCAGGAACGAUCUGGAGUUUAACAACGUGGUGAGCAAGUGGGUGAGCACGAAGCAGAUGCUCGCCGACUGCCUAACCAAGCACGACGCCCGCGCUGGCGACUACAUGAGGUACGUGCUCCAAACCGGUGAGUACCGGCUGACAGAGGAUCUCAUGGCGGACCAGAUCAUAGCCAAGCAGAGGAUGGACUACACCUACUUCGAGAACUGCAUUGCGGAUGUGAGGUACAAUGCGCAUGUGGCUCAGCCUACUCCGAAGCCCUACCUUCGUUGGCAGAUGAUGCUCGGGCAGCGCGAGGACGAUGUCUACUACGAGAAGCUCGAGGACAUGGUCGACUGGUCUGGCUUGGACCAGGUGACGAAGCGUCGGAGGAUCCUGACCCAGGUGCGAAAGCUGUUGACGAUCUACGCACCGACCAAGGCGGCCCUCGAGCGCUACGAGAAGGACUUCACAGAGAAGCACACCAUCAAGAAGCCGAAGUUGACGAACGAUGACGACCCCCAGAAGGAGCUAGGCGUCACUGAGGAGCUUGGUGCGCACGUGGAGUCGGACGAGAACGCGAAGUGGGGUAGCACCAACGUCGCGGAGAUCUACAUCAUGGACGCUGCGGGUGCCGAGUCUGAGGAGAUCAAGUCAGGCACCGCUGCAGCUGCGACGGCUCGCGCGCUACACGAAAGAACCGGACAUGCAUCAUACGAGAAGAUCGCGGACGAGUUCGGCGACGUGAUAGAGGACGGUGUUCUGGAGGCGUAUGAGCUGGUGGUCAAGAACUGCGACGAGUGCCGUCGAGGAAAGAAGACCUGCGCCUCCAUGCAGCGUGGAGCCAAAGGCAGUGAGUUCGAGACGCACGAGUCCACGAGCAAGGCCAAGGGCAAGCUCAAGGGGAAGCAGAUGGCCCGAGACCGCAUAGGCGACUGCGAGCACAAUGUGACAACUACACAGGGAAGCAACCAGUACAAGGACAAGCUCCGGUGCCUGCAGUGUGGCAUGCUGCUAGUGGACACGGACACGACGUGGUGGAAGCGAGAGAAGGAGCAUCGCGAGAUCGAGAAGACCUUGGGUACCAGCAAGGAGAAGAAGAUCAAAGCCGAGAUGAAGGCCAUCCGCCUCCGCGACAUGUACGAGAGGAUGACAAAGGAGGAGGCCAGUGAGUCGAGCAAGGGAGCAUGCUCGGCAGAUACGUGA